CCGUGCUCAUAGCCUUCGCACGUCACAAGAUUUUAUUUUAUAUAAUUAUAAACUGUUAGCUGGUUGUUAUCAACCAUGUCGAAACGAAAAAUGUGUGAAGAAAAUGACGACAUCAGGAGGAAGAUUAAAUUACUGGAAUUACAAUUGCUACGAAAUUCCAAGCGACAAAGAAUCAUGAUUCAUUCUGAUCACGAAAAUGAAGAUUGUCCCACAACUUGAACAAGACGCUUACAUUGGUUGCCGUGAAAUUGUCCGGAAAUCGUUAUCACAGAAAUUAUUGAACGAUACGUCCAUAGAGAUUAUAAUGUCAUCCCUUUCAGAAAAUACUUACAAGCAAUAUGACAGUUGUUUAAAGAGUUGGUUAAUUUACUCUAAUAAUCAUUGUAUAAAUUAUUUGAAGCCGUCUGUUACCGAUGUUAUAAAUUUUUUAGCAUUUAUUUAUGAAAAUGGUGCUCAAUAUGGUACAAUAAAUUCGCAUAAGUCUGCGAUUUCUUUGUUGUUAGGUCCGGCAUAUCUAGAAGACGAGCGAAUUAAAAGAUUCAUGAAAGGUGUAUUUCGUCUAAGACCGACUGUCCCAAAAUAUGAUUUAACUUGGGACCCUGGUAUUGUUCUUCGUUAUUUAUCAAAUAAAGGGCCGAAUGAUUCACUUGAUUUAGAAAAUUUAUCAAAAAAGUUGUCAACAUUAUUGGCACUUGUAACCGCACAUAGAGUGCAAACUUUGACCUUGAUUAAAUUAAAUAAUGUUAGUAUUAUAGAUAAUACAGAGGUCUUAAUUAGGAUACCAGAUCUAAUAAAAACAUCCCGCUUAAAUUCAACACAACCUUUAUUAAAAUUGCCAUUUUUUGAUCAAAAUCCAAAUAUAUGUCCAGCGAGAUGUUUGAUUUCUUACAUUAACAAAACCAGGUCUCUGCGGUCAGGUGAUCAUGACAAUUUAUUCAUUAGUUACAGAAGACCUCACUCGAAAUUAUCAUCCCAGCGACUAAGCCAUUGGAUUAAGGACACACUAAAACAGAGUGGUUUAGAUACCACCAUAUUCGGUGCACACAGCACCCGGCACGCGGCUACAUCCAGAGCCAACUCGCUCGGCAUAAGCUUAGAUGUGAUUCGAAAAACGGCGGGUUGGACUCCGUCCUCCUCCGUGUUUGCUAAAUUCUAUAAUAGGGAAAUUGCAGUCGACCACAAAAAUCAAUUUGCUCAAGCAGUUCUGUCUUGUACUUCACACACUAAUUAAAAUUGUUUAAUAAUGCUAAAUAUAAAUAAGAUACCUAGUUUAUUUUUUCGUUUCGAAAUAAAAUGUUGAAAUAUUUUUUCUUUUUUGUAUUAAUAUUAUUUCUCUCAACAUCUACAACAUGUAAACAAAUCGCUAAGAAUGAAGCUAGGAAAUAUAAUUAAUGAUCAAACGAACUUACCUGUACGUGAAGUUCGAUCAUAAUUAUAUGAGUAGCUUCAUUCGACGCGAUUAUUAAUAACCCUCCCAAUAAAUUCCCACCCCAUACAAAAAAAAAAAAAAGCUUUUAACGAAUAUGAAUAUCGGGGUACACGGUAUGGAUCGGGGAACUGAGGAGUGUUGCCAGUAGGGGAUUUUUAAACCUCCCUACUUUAAAUAUCCGUGCAAGGCUGUGACGUGAGCCCAGCUACAACAUGUAAACAAAUCGCGUCGAAUGAAGCUACUCAUAUAAUUAUGAUCGAACUUCACGUACAGGU